AUGGACGACCCCGCCGCGCAAGACCCCGCCCCAGUCUCCCGCCUGCCGCCGCUCCCAGUCGCCGUGCAACGCAAUGCCCCCGCCCAGUCGUCCCGCUCCGUCGCCGGCCUCCUCAACAUCCGCCGCCCCCCGGGCGCGACUCCGAUCCCGCCUUCUCUCCAGGCGAAGAUGGCUGCGCUCGCCAACCGCGGCGCCCAGUCCUCCGCAGUCCGAUCCGGCGACGCUGCGACCGCCGCGCUCCUCGGCGCCGACAAAGCUGCGCCGUCUGUGUUGCGUGCUCCGGCAUUGUCCUCCGGGCUUUCCCGCCCCGUUGCGCCCCCUUUGGGCGGUCUGGCUGCCCGUCGGAUGAAGAUGAAUAUGCCUAAGCUCAGUCCUCACGACGUCCCCGGUGGUCUGCACCUUCCUCCCAUCCCAGGCGGCGGUCCCAGCGGCGCCGGGCUUGGUCCCGGCCGUCCCAUCAUCGACGACGAGCCACGCCGCCUUCCCCCGAGCAACAUCGGAACCCCUUUUGCGAACUUUGCCAAAAUUGUUGAUCCGUCCGGUGCACUCAAUUUCAAUGGCAAAGCCGUUCUUCAUGCUUCCGGUGUCAAUUUUUCCAACGGCGCAUCGUUCGCGAUUAGCAUCGACCAGUUGCAGCUCGACGAAGAGCUCGGGAAGGGUGCGUAUGGAACCGUCAAGAAGGUACUCCACAAGCCCACCAACGUUGCGAUGGCGAUGAAGGAGAUCCGCCUCGAGCUCGACCAGGCGAAGCUAAACGCGAUCAUUAUGGAACUCGACAUUCUUCACCGCGCCGUCGCUCCCGAGAUCGUCGAGUUCUAUGGCGCGUUCUUCAUCGAGUCCUGCGUUUACUACUGCAUGGAGUAUAUGGAUGCGGGCUCGCUCGAUAAGCUCCAGGGUCAAGGGGUUCCAGAAGUGGUGCUUGCGCGUAUCGCGGGCGCGAUGGUCCGUGGACUCAAAUUCCUCAAGGACGAUUUGCAGAUCAUUCAUCGGGACGUAAAACCCACAAACGUGCUGCUCAAUCGCAGGGGGGAGGUCAAGCUCUGCGAUUUCGGCGUGUCAGGUCAGCUCGAGAAAUCACUCGCGAAAACCAACAUCGGGUGUCAGAGUUACAUGGCGCCGGAGCGCAUACAAGGCGAGUCCCAAAAUAACCUCGGCACAUACAGCGUUUCCUCCGAUGUAUGGUCCCUCGGGCUCUCCAUGAUAGAGAUGUCGCUGGGCCGUUAUCCAUACCCGCCCGAGACGUACGCGAACGUUUUUGCCCAACUGUCCGCCAUCGUGCAUGGCGACCCGCCCGAGCUGCCAGAGCAUUUCUCCGCGAUGAGCAAAGACUUUGUGGCGCGGUGUCUCCACAAAGUCCCGAACAUGCGCGCUACGUACGCGGAGCUGCUGAACCACCCAUUCCUGGUGCAGGACCGCCAGCGCAACGUGGACAUGCCUCGCUGGGUCGAGUCUGCGAUCGCACAUCGCAACGCCGUGCGUCAGCAGCAUCAACAAGCGCGGGGCGCGUGA